AUGUUUCCUUUCGUUCCCCGGAGAGUCGCUCAAGCCGGUAAAUCCACGAGUGCUACGGCAAGUACGUCGCAGCCAAGGCGGAAUGCCGCCCCCACAAACUCGGUCGCGGAAGGCACAGCGACUGGUCUCGGGGAGGGCCAGCGCAUCGUCAUUAAAGGGAAACGGAAAGCUGUGGACGCCGCCGCGGCUGGAGAGGACUACUACCCUCUCGUUUGCCUUGCUCUCUCUGACCGCGCAAUAUGGGCGGACCCACACCUGAGAAGCAGGCUCGUCAACGGCUCGGACGGCUACAUCCCGCUCCAGUACCUUCUCUCCCAUUCACCCGUCUUGUCGGCUCUCGACCCACCAGCUACGGAAACGCUGAUAGCUAAAGCCAUCCGUGCGCAGCAGGACGACUUACUGGACGUGCGUGUGCUGGUGUCCGCGCCCUCUCGUGCGGAGUGGUAUGGUAAGAACGGUGGGAAGGAUCAGCCCGGUGGUUACGAGGUGCGGAGGCAAGACUGGGCGGACGUUCUGCAGCGCUCUCAGCAUCUCACAGAGGAUCACUGGUCAGCCAGGAGCAUAUAUGUGGAGAAUAUUCCGCCCCAACGCCGGACCAUAGCGGGCAUAGCCUUCGUUGAUGCAGCCGUACAACACAUCUGGCUACCUCCUCACAUCCAGGACAGACUAGGGGACCGGCCGAAAUGCAAAGGCUUCGCUCUCAUCACGCUUUCAAGCACCGAGCAGGCGGAGAAGCUCGUACACCAGUGGCCUUGGAACGUACGGCGAACGGAUCUGCACAACAUGGCCGACAUUGCAGAAGCCCGGGAAGCCGUGAAGUUUGGCUUCCGCGUCAUGCCUCGCGAGCGUUGGGAGCAGUUGCGGGAUGAAUACAUUGCUUAUCGUCAGACGCUCCUGGAUACCCUCGCCUACACGGUGCAAGACCCCGACGAGACCAUGGAGGUGAACGCCAUCGAAGAGGACGCAACUCCUCCAGAGACAGUACCUGACCUACCGACCACAGAUCCAUGGUCGCCAUAUCCUCAGGGGUGCCUCGUCUUCGUCCGCAAUGUGCAUCCGGAGACGAACAAAACAACCCUCCGCGCACUGUUCUCACAAGCCUUUGCCGGAAGUGAUGCGCCCGAUGAAGGCGUGGACUACGUAGAUUUCUCCAAGGGCAUGGACACGUGCUACUUGCGCCUGACCUCCGCGCGCCAUACCCGACUCCUCACGGAGUCCUUUGCUGUCGAUCCGAAAGCGCAGAGCGGCGGGCUGGACGCCACGGGCAUAACACCCUCACCAGGGACUAACAUCAAGGCCAUCGCCCUCGAAGUCGUCGAAGGCACGCGGGAAGAACUCUACUGGCACAAGGUGCCAGAGAAGGUGCGUCGGCAAGCGGUGGAGAAGGCGGCGGCGACCGUACAGCCAGAGACGGUGGGAAGGGGCGAACCGUGGCGGACGAUCCUGCGGAGGGGAAACGAAAGCGCAAGCGGAGGAAGCGCGGCGAAUGAGCUCUGA